CCUGGGGAAAUUGAUUUCUUUACAGCAGGUCAUCUGCCCUUCCACAACAAACCCGUGUGAAGUACUGGUAAGUUAUUUAGUCUAUUAUGGAAAAAACAUUAAGUCCAAUGGAAGACCAACGUAUAACUGAUGCAGCGCAGAUUCGGCGCCUCAAAGAAGAAUUUGAAGAGAUGCAGCAAGAGUAUCUUAAACAAAUAGCUGGAAUAAGUGAGUCUUAUACAAAGUGGAUACACGUUAAUGAACGUACAAUUUCCGAACUCGAGGCAACAGUAACCAGCCAAGCAAAAAGGAUUAAGUACUUGGAAACUCUAAAGAAGUGCAGAUCCGUCGGCUCACAGGCAGGCAACACCUACACACAGGAGGUGGCUGAUCGCGAAGCUCGAGAAAAAAAAAUAAGAAAAGAGUACGAGAAAAAACUGUCUCUCAAAUCACGAGAGCAAGAAACACUUAUAAAAAAACACCAAGACGAUAUAGAAAAACUAAGAAAAUAUCAUGAGGACGAGGUGAAGUGUUAUAAAACAAUGAAGACAUUACAGGAUGUGAUCGAUACCACCCCAGUAAUAUCUGAGAGGGAAAUUCAGCUUACGAUUGAGAACGGCAAGCUUAAAAAGCAGGUAAUAGAAGCGAUGGUCCGUGUGGAUAAAGAAUAUUGGAGAAAUCAGCUCUUGCUGGAAGAUUUUCGUAAAGAGGACGCAAAAAAGGAGGAUUUCCAGAAGAAAAUAGAGAAACUAAAUCGUACAAUUGAAAGAAUGAAAACUGAAUAUUCUGCACUAAAAGAAAAUCGAGAUGAGAGUCUAAGAUACCUGGAAAACUGCCAGCGAAGAAACGUAGCUUUGGGUGCGCAUUUACAAGAAAAACAGAAAACAAUAGUUGAGCUGAAUAACAAAUUAAACGAGAAUCAAUCCACUCACCACAAAACGCUCAAGCAUGUAAAAGACCUUGAGCUAAAAGUGUCAGAACAUCUUGAGACGAUCAAAUUACUGGAAAGGACCGACACUGUAUCUCGACCAACAUUAAAGAAACUGAAUGACCAAUUCAAACAGCAGAAGAAAAAAGAGAGAGUAUUCAAGGAGGAUUUACUGGCCUGUAUGGAACAUAUAAGUGACUACAGAAAACUCAAGGAUAACCUAAUGGCUCUUAAAAGACGUCAUAUAGACAAUGAGGUGAAUAUUGUUGUUGAUAAGAAAACUAGGACAGAGUUUGAAAAUAGUAUUGCACUUCUCAACACCUGCAAAAUUGAGGUUGAAAAGUCAGCGAAAAAAUAUAAAAAGGAGAAAGAAAAAGAGAUUACAGCGUGUCAUCACAAGUAUGACAAGCUCCACCAGGAUUACAACAGCACUCUGAUGGAGCUGAUGGAGUAUAGACGAACUGGUAAUGAAAAGAAAACUCAAACAGUCACUAUAACACCAAAUAAGCAACGGGCCAUAGAUUGGUUAGGACGGAAAUCUAAUAAAAUUGCCACAGCUCUAGUCCCAGUUGACAUCUAAAAUGUCCAUGUCCACAAGGGUUUCCGCCGAGUGCUUCGGUUUCUCCCACUUUUUUGAGGUAAGUUGAAAAACAACAACUAAAUUGCCCCUCAAAAAAAAAAAAAACUGUAACACCAAAGAAGCAAUGGGCCAUAGAUUGGUUAAGACGGAAAUCUAAUGAAAUUGCCCCAGCUCUAGUCCCAGUUUACAUCUAAAACGUCCAUGUCCACAAGGGUUUCCGCCGAGUGCUUCGGUUUCUCCCACUUUUUUGAGGCAAGUUGAAAAACAACAACUAAAUUGCCCCUCAAAAAAAAAAAAAAAAAA